CAGGCGCACUUGCGCUCUGCCGGGCGCCUCGGGCCUGUGGGCCCUGGGCCGCCCGGUAGCAGUGUUCUUGGGUCCGAACGCUGCGGUGGUGGCUGCGGUGGUUGCCGAGCCCUCCCGCUCCAGCUGGUCUGACCAGUGAGACCGCCGCCCGGAAGCAGAAAUGCCCCUGACGCCGCCAGCCUGGCUUCUACUGUGGCUUAGUCUGCUCCUGAGCUCCGUCUGCGCUGCUCUAAAAACGGCUGCGCAGGCCAGCGCCAGCACAGGUGCUCUGAAUGUCCUUCUCAUCAUUGUGGACGACCUGCGACCCUCCCUAGGCUGUUAUGGGGAUAAAAUAGUGCGAUCUCCAAAUAUCGACCAGCUAGCAGCUCACAGCCUUCUCUUCCAGAAUGCCUUUGCACAGCAAGCAGUGUGCGCCCCAAGUCGUGUGUCCUUCCUCACUGGGCGGAGGCCUGACACCACUCGCCUGUAUGACUUCAACUCCUACUGGAGAGCGCAUUCAGGAAACUUCUCCACCAUCCCCCAGUACUUCAAGGAGAAUGGCUAUGUGACCAUGUCGGUUGGGAAAGUCUUUCACCCUGGUAUAUCUUCAAAUUAUAGUGAUGACUCUCCAUAUAGCUGGUCUUUCCUUCCUUACCAUCCCUCCUCAGAGAAGUAUGAAAACACUAAGACAUGUAGGGGUCAAGAUGGAGAACUCCAUGCCAACCUACUUUGCCCUGUGGAUGUGAAGGAUGUACCAGAGGGUACCUUGCCUGACAUACAGAGCACUGAAGAAGCCAUCCGCUUAUUGGAAAAGAUGAAAACACUAUCCAGUCCUUUCUUCCUGGCUAUUGGGUAUCAUAAGCCACACAUCCCCUUCAGAUACCCUAAGGAAUUUCAGAAGUUAUAUCCCUUGGAGAACAUUACCCUGGCCCCUGAUCCCCAAGUUCCUGGUGGCCUUCCUCCUGUGGCCUACAACCCUUGGAUGGACAUCCGCCAGCGAGAAGAUGUGAAAGCAUUGAAUAUCAGUGUGCCCUAUGGUCCAAUUCCUGUCGACUUUCAGCAGAAAAUACGCCAGAGCUACUUUGCCUCUGUGUCCUAUUUGGAUACACAGGUUGGACACCUUUUGGGUGCUUUGGAUGAUCUUGAGCUGGCCAACAGAACAAUCAUUGCAUUUAUGUCCGAUCAUGGGUGGUCUCUAGGUGAACAUGGAGAAUGGGCCAAAUACAGCAAUUUUGACGUCACUACUCGUGUACCUCUGAUGUUCUAUGUUCCGGGGAAGACGGCUCCACUUCCAGAAGCAGGCCAGAAGCUCUUCCCUUAUCGUGACCCCUUUGAUCCUGCCUCAGAGUGGAUGGCUCCAGGCAGGCAAAGCUGGGACCUCGUGGAACUCAUGUCUCUCUUCCCCACACUCGCUGGACUCGCAGGACUACAAGUUCCUCCUCGAUGCCCCAUUCCUUCAUUUCAUAUUGAGCUGUGCAGAGAAGGCCAGAGCCUUCUGAAUCAUUUUCGAUUCCAUGACUGGGAAGAGGAUCCACACCUCCAUGGUAAUCCCCAUGAGUCAGUUGCCUACAGCCAGUAUCCCCGACCUGCAGAUUCCCCUCAAUGGAAUUCUGACAAGCCGAGUUUAAAAGAUAUAAAGAUCAUGGGCUACUCCAUACGCACCAUAGACUAUAGGUAUACUGUGUGGGUUGGCUUCAAUCCUGAUGAAUUUCUGGCUAAUUUUACUGACAUCCAUGCAGGAGAAUUGUAUUUUGUGGAUUCUGACCCAUUACAGGAUCACAAUGUGUACAAUGACUCCCAACAUAGAGAAUUUCUCCAGUCAUUGAUACCUUGAGUUUUAUCAGCCACAGAGGGCAAAUAUAAUAUGUUCCCCUUGAGAGGAGAGAUGAUUAUUUUAUCAAUACCCAUAAUAUUGGACACAACCUAGGGGGGGGAGGUAAUUCAAACACACAUCAACAAUUUGCCUUAUGUCAACAAGCCUUUUCAUUUUGCCAUUAUUCAUUUGAAAUUGGCAGUUGGAUUAGGACUUGGCUGAAUCACUUUGUUUCCUUUUUAAAGUAUUUAUAGUUUAGUCAUUGGUUGACAAACAAAAAUUGUCUUAAAAUAUCAAGACCAUGAUAAUAGAACAUAAUACUAUAACUCAAGAAAUUGUCCAAUUUAGUACAUUUCAGAAAGUAACAAUAUUUCAAACUAGGAUUGACUUUAAAGUUCUGGUUAUUUUGUUUAUAAUUUAGUAAUAUAUCUAGGGUAGGCCAAUAUAUUCAAAAUAUUUCAAUACCGAAUUCACAUUUCUUCCCCAAAUAUGAAGUUAAAUGGUAAUUCUAAGAGCCACAGAUUUCAAAAUGUGAA